UCCGCUUCCUGCGCUUCCCGCGAGGGACCUCGGCUGCCUUGAGUGGUCCACGUUUGAUGUCAAGGCAGGCGGAGAGAGUCGGCUACUAGGUGGCUGAGGGCCCAGGGCGCACACAGGAGAGAUUUACAAAUAGUGUUUGAGCAGCAUGGAGCUUUUAGGUUCUGCUUUACCGGGCACUUAUGCCCACACUCAACCAGCACCAACCAGCUAUCUACCAGCCAUUGGUGUCAUGGCAUCAAGCUAUCGGGACCGCUUUCCCCAUCGCAAUUUGGCACACAGCUUGAGCCUUCCAUGGAGACCAAACACAUACUAUAAAACGGCCUCCAACUACCCAAACUUGGCCCCAUUGACCACAAAAUCCCAUCAGAUGUGUGAUAGCACCAUGCUCCCCUACGUGUCCAACAGAACCACCCUCUUCACAAGAUACACUCCUGAAGAUUGGUACCGGUCCACCCUGGUGAGCUUUCAAGAGUCUGCUACCGCACGGCACAAUUCAGAAAGACUCCGAGUGGACACCUCCCGUCUCAUUCAAGACAAAUACCGACUCAUCCGGAAGACCCAGGCUGACUGUAACCGAAAGUUGGGAGAGCGGGUCAAUGACCUAAUGUUUUGGAAAUCUGAAAUCACGCACGAGUUGGAUGAAAUGAUUGGGGAGACGAAUGAACUCACUGAUGUCAAGAGAAGGCUGGAGAGGGCUUUGAAGGAGCUGGAAGCUCCUCUGCAGGUUUCCCAAGAGUGUCUCUUUCAUCGCGAGAAGAGAAUGGGAGUUGACCUAGCUCAUGAUGAAGUUGAAAAAGAACUACUGACGGAAGUUGAUACCAUUCUGUGCUGUCAAGAAAGGAUGAGGAGACAUCUGGACAAGACGAUUGCCCAACUUGCCUCAAACAGAGCUGUACAGCACGAGCUUGAGAAGGAUCUGAGUGACAAACAGUGUGCCCUCCGGAUUGAUGGUAAAUGCAAGUACCUGCGAAACACUUCUGAGGGCAUCAGCUACUUCCGGGGAGCAGAAAAUGUGGAUGCAACGGUAUCAGUGCCCGAAUCUUGGGCCAAGUUUACAGAUGACAAUAUUCUCCGCUCCCAGAGUGAGAGGGCAGCUUCUGCUCAGCUGAGAGAGGACACUGAAAACCUUCUGGUUGUGAUAGCCAAUGAGAUGUGGAACCAGUUCAACAAAGUGAACUUGGCCUUCACCAAUCGCAUCACUGAGAGUAUAGAUACCAAGAAUAAAAUCCAUGUUCACUUAUCAAAGAUCCUGCAGGAGAUCUUCCAGACUGAAAUGUCCAUACUAUCCAUCAGAAAGGCCAUCAAGGAAAAAUCUGCCUUCCUAAAGGUGGCUCAUACCCGGCUGGAUGAGCGAACAAGGAGACCGAACGUAGAGCUGUGCAGGGACAUGGCUCAGCUACGCCUUGUUAACGAGGUGUACGAGGUGGACGACACCAUCCAGACUCUGCAGCAGCGCCUGAGGGAUUCGGAGGACACCAUGCAGGCCUUGGUCCAUACCAAAGCCACCCUGGAGCACGAGUUGGCUGUGAAAGCCAACACCCUGUACAUCGACCAGGAAAAAUGCAUGACCAUGCGCAAAAGCUACCCCAGCACCCUCCGGCUGGUUGGCUUCUGUUAGGGACCCCCGGGAGAGUGGUUUACAAAUUCCUAAGAGAUGGUAGGAAGAAAGCGCUACCUCAGCAUCUAAAUUAGUGUUGAUGUAGUCACUAUAAAGGGUUGUGUUGACAGAAACACACCACACCCUUGUCUUGAACGGCCUUUCAUUUGUGUCUAAACCUUAAUGUGCUGCUUACCGGGUUCCUGGGCUGUGGAAAGGAAAUAAGGAAAUGCAGUCAGUAUACUAGAGAAGAUAAGUAGGAGGGUUCCAAAGAUUCUCGUUGCUCUAUAUGUAAUAUGAAUGAGCCGAAAAACGAGGACCAUUUUUUUUCCUUGAGGUGGCCAGAUCAGGAGUCAUAAAUGCUAUAACCACUGCCCAAUGUUCCCUAAAGAGCUGUGUGUUAAAGUGUUUGUCCCCAAGAUGAUGCAGUUGGGACAUAGUGGGACAUUUAGGAUGUGGAGUUCAGUGAAGAGCCUUGGACCAUGGGGAGCACAGAGGAGAGCCUUACACUUUGGAAAUGAUUGUGGGAUGCAAACCUCUUCCCGUAUCUUUUCCUUCUUGCCCACGAAUUCUUGGCCAUUCCUCAGCACUGCCACACACUCUGAAACAGGAAGCAGCCGCAAGGAGAGGCCUUUUCUCAUAUCUUGUUUUCCCCUUUCUCUCUUGGUGCCCCUCUCUGCAUCUCAACGGGCUUGCCUGCUUUAACCAUUGUCCGCUAACUCCAGAACUCAUGCCCUCCCCCUCCUGGUCCCCCUGUCUUAGUUCAUGCCCUCCUUCUCUCCUACACUGGCUAGUCAGUUUAGGAUGUUCAAAUGCCAGACGGGUUGAUGGACAGAGGAUAAGCUUGUACAUUGGCUAUUUUUGUGGCCUUAAAAUAUCAUUUUAGAGUCAAAUUAUAGGUUUUGUGUUGCUCCUCUACUUCUGAUGGAACGAGAUAUCUCAAUGGCACUAAACCAUCUCACAGUGAGAGUGAAAUAAAAUGUCAUAAUUUUAUGAGUUUUGCAGCCCUAAACUUACAUAUCUCUUAUUUGUUGUGUUUUGGGGAGAUUUUUUUUCUC